AUGACUGCCGGAAGGCAGCCGUGCACCACAAUCCUUUGGCUCGGAGAAUCCGCAGCAGCCUCUCGCGCUGUCUCAUCCGCAACUGCCACGGCUUCAUGGCAAUCCCCUGCUGCUGCCGCAGCCUGCUCCCGACUCCGCGUCAAGGCAGCACAGUCCACAGGAAGCGCAGCUGCGCCUUCCGCUGCAGCCUCAGCUGCUCGCCAACGAAGUGCCCCUUCAGCCACCCUCCCCCGUGAGUGGCGACGACAGGAGCAUAUGCGCGAAUUUCGCAGCAGGUCCCUUUCAAACUGCCAGAAGCCCGCCAAAGACGCUCCAGCGGCGCCUCAACCGCUUGAAGCCGCAGAAUCCGGCGAGGAAGGCUGCAGCGGCAGCAGACGCACAGUCGAGCAGCUCCGUGUGAGUGGUGGGGCCGAAAACAGUCUUGCUGCUUCAGGUAAGACAGUCGCGGAGAGCGACGUUCCCGAUGUAGCCGUGUCAGCGCUUGUUUCAGCGCUUCCUGCGGGAGAAGACUCGGGGGCGGCGGCAAACAGCGAUGCGGCGGCGGCUCCUGCAAUUCUCUCGAGUUCAACGGCAGCUGAGACUGUCACGCUUGCUGAUGAGGCAACAGCAGUGGCACAACUCGUGUCGCUUGUGGCUGCCGUUCUCGCAGGCGCCACCGUUGCACAUCGCGAGAUUCUUUCAUGGUUUUCGAGGGUGUACGGACCGGGGAAAUUGCAGCUGCGCAGCAGCAAGACGGUUGAAUCGCGUGCUGCGAAAGCGACGGCAGUCGAAGCGAAGCCUCCAGGAGCUCCUCCAGCUGCGGCUGCUGCGGCAGCUCCAACGGAGUUAUUUCAAGGUCCCUCCCCGCAGACUGUCGUUGCAGCAGCAAAGCAGCAGCAGCAGCAACAGACGCAGCAGCAGCAGAUGCAGCAGCAGCAGCAACAACAGCAGCAACAGUCCGGAUGUGGGUUGGCAGCAGCAGCAGCAGCAGCAGCAGCAGUUCGCCGUGCACCACCUGCCGCAGCAGCACCAGCAGCCGUAUCGGCAGCAUCCAGAUCCUCAGCUCCAGCAUCUGCAGCGGCAGCAGCAGCAGCAGCAGCAGCAGAAUUCUUUGGUCCAUCCCCUAAAAAGAACUUGCGGAAGGCUGAGGCUAGAGCUGCUGCUUCCGUUGAGGCUGACGGUGCAGGCGGGGAAAGCGCGACAGCCAAUCCUCUCUCAGCGGCGCAUGCAGCGGAGACUGUACCUGAACAACCGCUGAACUUCGAAUCUGGCAGGGGGUUUGGUGUGGGGUGUUGCAAGGCACAGGGUGACGGCAACAGAGACGCUGAGCGAGGGGAAGAAUCGCUGACAGAGAUUGCUGCUGCGGCAGUCUCCGGGAGGAGGGGGGAAGAGGUUGAAGGCUGGAAGAAAGGAGAGGGAAAGGAGUUGAAAGCUGGGAGAAAGGAUAGGGAAGGAAGGGAUUGA